AUGGACGGCGACGCUGACGAUCUAGACCAGCUGGAUGAUGUGCAGCGAGAGUUGGAAGAUUUACGGCUCGAGAACCGCAUAUUCAAGUCGUACUACGAGCGACACGCCUCCGAGGUUGCAGAGGUCGACGAAGAAAAGCGGAAGACGACCAAUCGACAGCGUCGCAGACAGCUCCCGACGGUAUUGACCAUUGAGCAGAAGGUCGAAAUCGGCGUGCACGAGCAGGAGGUGGCGCACAAAGAUCUGGAAGACACGAAACGAAACUCUGAGAAGCUGAUUGACACCCUAAAGGCGGUCUUGGAGGAGACCGACAUCCGCAUUGCCGAUCUCAAGAAAGAGGCCUACGAGUUUAAGAGGGACAUCGUUGUGGGCGCCGAAAACAUGAGAACAGGGAAUACCAUGGCAGAAAAGGUUAUAAGAUACAUGGAGGACAAGCUCCGACAACGUGAUGCAAUGACCGAAAAGCUCCGACUCAAAAACACCACCCUCAAAGGCCAACUGCAAAAGGUGGAAGGCCAGCUCCGACAGAAAGAUGACAUGGGCGAUGCUCUACACUACAUCGAUUUCCACCAACUUCAAAUCGAAAACAAACAAUACGUCAGCCGCAUCGAGGAGCGCAACGACGAGCUACUCAAGCUCAAGAUGACCACUGGAAAAACCGUCCAAGCUCUCAACACUCUGAAGAACUUGCUUCACCAGCGCCUGGCCGAAAGCGAGUGGCUGUCCAAAGAGAUACGACUGAGAACAGAGACACUAAGCAAGAUCAAGGAAGAGAACGGGGCGGUUGCCACGGAGAUUACUGCCGAACGACGGGCAAAGAAGAAACUAGGCCAGCAUAAGGCGGAUACCCAGGAAAUGCCAAACGUGGACGACUACAUUGCGCAAAAGGCGACCGUGUAUCAGUUGCAAUCGUACUUGGCCAACUGGGAGCGGAAGGUGCGGAAUAUCGAUGCAGUCCUGAGGUCAUCACCACCAUUCCCAAAACGUGUGGUACCCACGGAUUCUCAAAGUGCUUGGCCUUUCUACAUGAUAUACCGACUCUCGUCCUGGCACGAACACUGCCUAAAGCGUAUGCAUACACGUUGUUGUUGAAUUCCUAUGCAUACAAGAGUACGCGGGCCUUUGCGGCAACGGGAUUGCCAGCUAUCUUAUCUCUUUCAAGCAACGCUUCUCCCGUUCUCGUCGUCAGGUGGAAAUUGCAAGCAUCGGAGCAAGAAGAGCAAGGGCCGAGGCAAAGAGACUCAGCGCAUAGGGAAUCAAGUCAAUCGGAAUAAAUUCUAUACUGACACAACACCGCCUAGUCGGUUUUCCUCAUCGCCGAAUCUUAACGCAUGCCGACGUUCAAAUGCUAAUAUCGCGAGGAGGGUGGCGAGGUUGCUUGGAGGGCGUCAAGCUCGUUUAGAUGGUAGCCGACAGCUGCUUUGGUGUCCAGCACUAUGAACUAAUUCUCUGCGUUGUUGUCUGGCACACCAAAUCUAAAAGGCUACUGUUGUGUCGCGGGGACAUGAAUCAUUGGGCUCGCUAGCCUUGUCUAGCUCAGCGUAGUCUGCGAUGAGACUGUCCAGACUCUCCAAUGCUUCGUCGAAGCCUCCGCGCUCCAUAAACUGCAGGAGGACGCAAGCACACAUAUUUGCCACGGGGGGUGAUCGUUCAUUUCUUCCCGUCUCCAAGAAAAUCUCCAUGGUUGCACCGACAGCGUAGCCACCAAGAUGUAAACUCGCAAAACACAUCAGAUGGAAGCAUGCUGCCCUAACUACAGAUAGAUGCCGUUGUUGGCGAAGUAUUCUCGGGUUGGAGAACAUAAUCGCGUUUGUAUCUUGUUUCUGUUCAGAACGAGGAAAAACAUUAAGUCUGAGCAAUAGGAUAUUAGCGGAUUUCCAGACGAUUAUCUCGUCAAUUGCAGAAAUAGCACUAUGGAGAUACGCUCACCUCUGUGUAGUGAUGAAGCAUUGCUUCUCUGUGAUAAAGCUGGAUGAAGCGGCGUCUCAGGUCAGCGAAGGUAUCCCUGAAAAAACGAGAGCAUAACUUGUAGUGCGCUUUCGGUUUUCCUAUAGUUUACUGCAUAGGGAAGUGUCCGAGAAUCCUGACACAU